CUAACAGUACUAGGUUAAGUGAUUAAAAGCAUGGACUUUGGAGUCAGAUGUGAAUUUGAGUCCUAGCACCACCACACAUUCACUCUGAUUUAGCCUGUCUGAACCUCCGUUUCUCCUCCCUAAAACGGAUCUAAGAUACUUAGCCUAGUAGCACACACAAAAUGUUCAACAUAUGGUUUAACUGAGUACCCCUGUAUGUCUUCUAAACACUUACAUACAGGACUCUCAUCCUCAUAACUCUUAAAAGGUAAGUUUUAUUUCCAUUCUACAGAUGGGAAGCAAUUUGGCGGGGACACAGAGGUGGGGAGUGGUGGAAUGAAGCCCUAACCUUGUGUGCCUGACUCCCAGGGAGCAUUCUUUUAAUCACAACAGUAUAUUGCACCUGUUCCCUCUCCAAGACCUAGGGAGAAAGAGGGGUGAAGGCUCCACUGAUGCAUUGUGAUCGAUGAGGAGGGCGGGUGUGUGUGAGAGGGCGAGCUGGGCUUCCUGAGUCCCUGACGUAAUUCCAACCCUACGCUGGAAAGGAGGAAAUAAGUUUCUGCAUUCGGAGCGGAGCUCGGAGAACAACACUAGAAUCUGCCUAGCAGAGGGCAUUUGAGCGAGACUGAGAAAAAAAAAAAAAAAAAAAAAAAGCCGUUUCUAAGUCGCUGCAAUAGCGACACCCGCUGGCCUGUCGCGACAGCUGGGAGCCUGAAUGCACGCGCGGAUUUACAGACCCGGGGCUUUUCCACGGUCUAGACGCGGUUACCGGAACCGCGGCGCUGUAGCUCCCCGCGCGGGCUGACAUGGGGGCGGGCUCUGCGGCCACCUGCACCAAUCGAAACGCCGAAGGCCCUUAGGGGCUGAUUGGUCGGAGCCUGCAGGGAGCCGACGGCGCACGCCCCUCCUGGGGCGGGGCCUCCCGCCGGCCGGCAGGGGGCGCGCAUCUGGCGAGGAGGCGACGCUUUCAUGGAGGGGGCGGAGGCGGAAGCGCGGGAGGGGGCCUCGGUGGCCCGGGACCUGCUGGCCUUGGGGUAUGAGGGCUUCUCGGGGGCGCCGUCGCUGGGCCCCUCGUGUCCAGACUUCAGGGCGCUGUGCGCGCGGCUGGCGGCGGAGCUGGCGUCUCUGGGCGCCCUGGAGCGGGAGCGAGGACAGAGCGCGGAGGCGCUGAGGGCCGGCGACGGCCCCGACGCGGAGGAGGAAUUCCUGCGACAGUUGGCCGGCCUGCUGCAGGAGUUGCACUGCCCGGACCGCGCGCUCUGCGGCGGAGAGGGCGCGGCGGCGCUGAGGGAUCCCGGCGCGUGCCUGCGCCUGCUGCGCUUUCUCUGCUCGGAGCUGCAGGCUGCCCGCCUCCUCUGUCUGUAUCGCCGGCUGGAUCCCAGCCCCGCACCGCCCUGUGGGGAGGGGGCAGAGGAGGGAGCUGGCAUGGUUCAGGAACUGGUCCUUACCCUCCGAGCUUUAGGGCUGCCCAGGCCGAAGCCUGGGACCGCCGCCAGCCGGCUGCUGUGGGAGUUACAUGACAAGAUCUCUGAGCUGCUGCCUUCCCUGCCUCCAGGGUUCCUGCAGCCCCUCCUUAGCUUCCCCCUGGACGCACCCAGAUGGGAGGCACUGGAGUCUCUGUGCCAAAGGCUGGGAGACCAGUACUGCUGCCGCCGCUGCCUGCUCCUGAAACGCCUGGACCUCACAACAUCGUCUUUCCACUGGAGUGAUCGGGCAGAGGCCCAAGGAGAAGCCAUGAAGGCAGUGCUGAUCCCAAUUCGAGAGGCUCUGACCCCAGAAUCAGAUGUCUCCAUCGCACACGUCCUGGCUGCCCGAGCAGACCUGUCUCGUCUUGUCCCAGCCACCAGCAAGGCUGCCCGCCAAGGGACCUGCUGUGCCAUCAACAAGGUGCUUAUGGGCAACGUGCCAGACCGGGGGGGCCGUCCAAAUGAGCUGGAGGCUCCCAUGCCCAGCUGGCAGAGCAGAAGAGAGGACGGAGGUGGGCGAAAGGCAGGCCACCAGAACUGGGGUCGCAAGAAGAAGAAGAAAUAAAGGGGGACUGGUGGUUGGAUGGGGGGAUCCUUUGUGACAUGCCAUUGGUAAUCCUUGGGAGUCACUUUGAGUUUUUCUUGGCAUCUGACUCCCAGGCCCCACAUCUCCUGCUCCUAAGGUCCCACAUGUCCUCCCCACAUCCCCCACCCCACAACACGGACCGUGUUCUCUGGAAAAUAAAUUUGAUGACA